GCCAGUUCUUCACCUGGACUUUUCCCUUUCACAGACAAAUAACACAGACACACACAUAUAUAUAUAUAUAUAGGUAUAUAGGGAGCUGGGGAAUAUAUCUCAGAUGUGGAUUUUAUGGAUUGGAGGACUUUUAAACUGCCUUUUUGGGGCGGUAUAUGGUGCGGAGGUAUGCUUUGACAAGCUGGGAUGCUUUUCUGAUGAGAUUCCAUGGAGUGGCACUACUGAAAGACCCAUCGCACGCCUACCAUGGAGUCCUGAGAGGAACAAUGCCCGCUUUCUUCUUUUCACACAACAGAACACUGGUUGCUACGAGGAAAUCAGUACAAAUGCAAAUGUCAUUGCAGAGUCUACAUAUCGACCAAGCAGAAAGACUCGUUUUAUAACCCAUGGAUUUCUCGACAAAGGGGAUGAAAAUUGGCUUCUUGACAUGUGUAAGCUUAUGCUGAGCCUGGAGGAUAUAAACUGUAUUUGUAUAGACUGGAAAUCUGGUUCAAGGACAGGGUACGUACAGGCAGUGAAUAACAUUCGAGUGAUCGGAGCUCAGAUAGCUUAUAUGAUUUCCAUCUUUAAGGAAAGUUUCCAGCAGAAUCCUGAAAAUGUGCACAUUAUUGGGCACAGCCUGGGUGCACACAUGGCUGCAGAGGCUGGUCGAAGGACACCGGGGCUGGGAAGAAUUACAGGUUUGGACCCGGCUGAACCUUAUUUCCAGGGCUGUCCUCCUCUGGUAAGACUGGACCCCAGCGAUGCCCUGUUUGUUGACGUCAUUCACACAGAUACGCUUCCUAUGAUCCCCUGCCUUGGACUUGGAAUGUCUGAAGCUGUUGGACACCUUGACUUUUACCCAAAUGGAGGAGAAAGCAUGCCUGGUUGUAAAAGCAUGCUUGGUUGUGAAAAGAAUAUAAACUCAGAAACUGUUGACAUUGAUGGCAUUUGGGAAGGUAUCCGUGACUUUUUUGGUUGCAAUCAUCUGAGAGCCUACAAGUACUACAGUCAUAGCAUCCUAAACCCCAAAGGCUUUCUAGGAUACCCCUGUUCCAACAAGACCAUGUUUGAGUCUGGGCAUUGCUUCCCAUGUGCUUCCAACAGUUCAUGUCCUUUCAUGGGACACCAUGCUGACCAAUUUAAAGUGCCCAAUGGAGUGGAUAAGAUGAGGUUCCAACUGAACACAGGCUAUGCUCGGCCCUUCUCACGUUAUCGCUAUAAGGUGACCGUCACUAUUGAUGGCUCUCAAACCAAUAAAGGAUACUUCAAAGUGGCUUUAUAUGGUGUUGAUGGAAAUACUCGCCAGUAUCAGAAUUACAAUGGCACGCUGUCACCUGGUAGUACCUAUGAGCUCCUCAUCGAUGUUGAAAAGGACGUUGAUGAAUUGACUCAUGUAAAGUUUAUAUGGAACAACGAUGCAUUAAUCCCUUUGCGGCCUAAAUUUGGUGCCACUCAAAUCAUAGUGCAGAGAGGCCGGGACAGGAAAACGUUCAAGUUCUGUGGAAGUGAGCAGGUGCAAGAGAAUGUCCUUCAGACCCUGUGUCCCUGCCAGUGAUGUAAAUUCAGAUAAUCACAAAUUUAAGGUUUGAAUAUAACAUCUCAAUAAAGGAUCUACCAUA